CAACCUCUCCACAUGUGACUACAGUGUCCAUUUUUAGAGGAAGAGCGGCACACUCGGUCACGGUGUGUUCUUGCCCUUUCGUUGGGAUUAGAGAUGUAAAAUAAUAAUAACUCAACCGUUAAUGCGUUUUUUUUGUUUGUUUGUUAUGUAUAUCUUCACAAGUUUAUUUAAUCUCAUUAUUGAUCGGAUUUUUCCCCCUUUAUUUUUCGUGUGGACAUUUUGAGAAAAAUAGUUUUUUUAUUUCUAAACUUUUCUUUCUAAAAUGUCAAAGUUUGCUCGCGUGUUUUUGUAGUCCACCUUCGUCUAUGGAAUCAUCUUGGGGAUAUUAGAAAUAGCCUGACGGACAUGGAGGAGUUUAUCAACUUUUCCCACACAAGGUGCCUUUUGUUCGUGAAUCAGACAGCGUGCUUUUGGAAGACUAGACCAUGAGGGAACCCAUCGAGCGCACAACUGUCGAUUAGGCGACCGGUUGCUUGAGAGCGUCAAAAUAAAAUGAACGAUGCAGCCGUGUAUACGAUGGAAAAUACAACAACGAUCAACCGGAGGACUGUUUGAAUAGGCAGCGGGAGUCUGGAGAAGAGGAGAAGAUUGGCAGAAGCUAUUAAAGAAGACCUUCCGUGACAGCAGCAGAUCCCUGACACAGCUACAUCGCAGGAUGAGGAUGAAAUACACCAUCUCCCUUGUCUUCAUUGUGGCUCUGGUCAUCAUUGAGAAGGAAAACAACAUUAUCUCACGGGUUUCAGACAAGCUCACCCCAAAGCAGACCCCCCAGACACCCCUUCAGCCCAGUAACACUGCCUCAGCCUCAGCCCUGGGUCUCCUGAAGUUUAAUGGCUCCUCCUUCUCUACCCUGAGCAAGCUGGACCCUGUCUUCACCCUCAUGAAGAGACGCCUGGAGAACUACACCGAGCAGAGGUCAGAGGUCAUAGGGUCAGCAGGAAACAGAAAGCACAUCCUCCUAUUGGCCACCACGCGGACAGGCUCCUCCUUCGUGGGCGAGUUCUUCAACCAGCAGGGUGACAACAUGUUCUACCUGUUCGAGCCGCUGUGGCACGUGGAGAGGUCGCUGACAUUAGAGAGCGGCGGGACCAACGCCACAGCCGCUGCCCGGGCCUACCGGGAAGUCCUCCAGGGGCUCUUCCUGUGUGACUUCACCCCUCUGGAGAGCUUUAUUGACCCACUUCCUGAAGACCACGUCACCUCAGCCCUGUUCAGGAGAGAAUCUAGCAGCUCUCUCUGUGAGGAGUCCGUCUGUAGCCCGUUCGUUAAGAAAGUCUUUGAACGCUACCAUUGCCGGACCAGGAAGUGUGGUCCCCUCAACCUGACCAUGGCGUCCGAGUCAUGCCAGCAGAAGGAGCACAGGGCCAUUAAAUCCGUCCGGGUGCGCCAGCUGGAGACCCUGAGACCCCUCGCCGAGGACCCUCGUCUGGACAUCAAGUUCAUCCAGCUGGUGAGGGACCCCAGGGCGGUUCUGGCCUCCCGCAUGGUGGCCUUCUCCGCCAAGUACAACAACUGGAAGAAGUGGGCGGUGGACGGAGACGUGCCCAUUGACGACGACGAGGUGAGGAAGCUGAAAGGCAACUGCGACAACAUCAGGAUGUCUGCGGAGGUCGGCCUGAGGCAGCCGUCUUGGCUGAGGCGGAGGUACAUGCUAGUACGGUACGAGGAUAUCGCUAGAUUCCCUAUGAGGAAGGCAGCGGAGAUGUACAUGUUCACCGGGAUCCCGUUCACUCCUCAGGUGAAAGACUGGGUGUUAAAGAACACCCAGGCUUCCAAUGAAGCGAGUGGAGUGUAUUCAACACAGAAAAACUCCUCCGAGCAAGUCGAGAAAUGGAGGUUCAGCAUACCGUACAAACUAGCCCAGGUGGUGCAGAGGGUCUGUGGACCCACGAUGAAACUGUUUGGGUACAAGUUUGUGAACAGCGAGGCGAUGCUGACGGACAAGUCUAUCAGUUUGAUCGAAGAAAAGAUUUUCAUACAAAACUUUUCAUAGACAUUUUACGGUAACUCUGAACUCUGCUCAUCAGACAAAGUGGACCAACAGAUAUGAUUAUGAAGUGAUAGUUGUGAGGAUAUUUAUUGGGGACUGUACACGUAUACAACAGAGUAAUGUAUAAGACACUUUAUAGAUACAUAUUCAAUUAUAACAUGUUACACUCCAGGGUGUAGAAGGAAAUACACAUUUUUGUGUGUAAUAAAAAGGAACGAAUACAAAAACGAGUACUACCUUUUAACUUAUUACAGGGACAUUUAACAAAAGAAAACCCUUGGUACAUGAGUACUGCAUGGUAGAAACCCCUUGUUACA